AUGGUCAUAGUGAGCCCCACUAUACCUGGUGAUGUCGCCGAGUACAGUUUCAGAAGAGUGCUCGCGGGUGUAGCCGCGACCAAUAUCUUCACAUUAUGCUGGGGGCGCCCUGAGUUGCGAGUAGUUGAGACGCACUCGCGCGCCCGCGACGGGCCGGUCGAGAAGGCGGAGCGGGCUGUCAAGAACAGCUUCACGUCGUCAAACUCGGGUCUCGGCAUCGGCAUCGGCAUCCUGGGCGCCAUCGUCGCCGGAGCGGGCUGUCAAGAACAGCUUCACGUCAUCAAACUCGGGCCGGCGGUUGCUGUUGAGCCGGCACUUUCAAGCAGUACUCGCCGGAUUUCGAACAGGGAGAUAGCCGAACUAUUCAACCUUCCCGCAUGGCGGCGUUCCUCAUCCUCGCCAUCCUAUGGAGGACCUGGAGUGGCAGCUGGCGUUCUUGGCAUGGGCCAAGGCUGGAUCGACAAGGAGUGCGAGCGCCGGGCCUCGGAAGAGUUCAAGCGGUCCCACAUGCUGGUGAUGAACUGGGAGAUUGAGCACAUGCCAGUUUAA